UAGUGCUAAUUAUACCCAGAUCGCCAGAUGUCUGAUGAAACAGAGUUGGGAUUUAUGACCCCAAUUCUCAAAGCAUCUCAGACUUGAGCAACUUGUUUUAAAUAAUAGAUAUCAGAACUAUCUACCUACUGCCAGUCACCAGAUUUCAAGAAAUGCAUUCAUCAGUGGAAUCUGCAGAAAAAAUUCCUGCUUUCCUCUACAAACUAUGGAAACUGGUGGAAGACGAAAAUACAGAUCAUCUCAUUCGCUGGGGAGAAGAUGGGAAGAGCUUCCUGUUAUGCAGUCAGGGGCAGUUCAGCCGGGAGCUGCUGCCGCUGUACUACAAACACAACAACAUGGCCAGCUUUGUGAGGCAACUCAACAUGUAUGGCUUCAGGAAGGUGCCCAGCAUGGAAGGAGGGGGACUGCGGCUUGACAGGGAUGAGAUGGAAUUUGCACAUCCUUAUUUUGUACGGGGCGAAGAGCACAACUUGGAGCUCAUAAAAAGAAAAAUGUCAACACGAAUGCCUGGUGGAGGUGCUAUGGCUAUGGAAGACCCCCGCCUGACUGACGUCAUGACAGAAGUGGUAGCGCUCAGACAGAAGCAAGAGUCAGUUAUGACUCAGAUCAACACUCUCAAGCAGGAGAACCAAAUAGUCUGGGCCAAGUAUUCACAACUUCAUGAUAAAUUCAAUAAGCAACAGAACAUCAUCAAUAAGUUGAUGCGCUUCCUUAUGAGUAUGAUGAAGACCACACAGCUGAGCCGCACAGCACGCAAGCUGCCCCACCUUGCCAACCCUGCCCUGUACACCACCGCACACAACAUCAUGCCCGCACUCACGCAUGGCACAAGUCCUCUGUCAGAUGGCCCCGUAAUUCACGAGGUGGUGGAUGAAUUACCUGACAUUGGUGUUGUGCCCAACCAAGUCUUAAAAACCACAUCAGGGAACUCUAGGAUAUCUUCUUCCUCCACCUCCUCCAACAACGUGGUGCUUCACGCAGCACCUGCCACUACACAAGUCAUCCGCAUGAUGCCCCAAACGGUGCCCGAUGCUAGCCUGCUCGAUUCAACGGCAACGGGGAUUACAAUACCGAACGACCAGGUUUUGUCUGCAGGCUCCGCGAAUCAACGUUUCAUGCUGUCACCUCGUGGCGUCAUCCUUAACACGGAUGGAACUCCGGUGGAUACUGACCUCUUGCUCAAUGAGCCUUCUUAUGAACCCUAUACGUCACCCCAACCGAUUGUUGAGAGCCCUAAGGGAACCAUUCUGUCGUCAGUGAAUGGCCAGUCAGCAAACAUUAAAACCGAGCGUUUACAAGAUGUUGCUGAAAUUGGCGUUGCCAUACCUCAAAACAAUCGUCUCGUGACAUCGAGCUCUCCUCAAGUGGUCAUAGGAAAUGGAUCUAAUAUAACUUCCACGAACUUAGAGGUGAAGCCUAAGAUUAUAAGUGUUGUAAGAUCGACUAAAGACGGGACUGGUGUUGGAAGAGGCACGGUCACCUACACUCUACGCCCCAACAGCACUCUCAUCAGGAACACACCUGUAUCAAAUUUAGCCCCUGCGACAGUGCCAGACUCUUCAGGUCUCAACACCUUCAAUACGCCGGUUGUGGUAAGCGGCGGCGUUGGCCUCAAGCAAGACAUGCCAAACGCGCGCUCUGACAGAACACAGAACGUCAUCACAAAUGUCACCGUGAUUCCUGCCGACUCCGCACCUCGCAUCAGUAACCCUAUUAAAGUUCCUGAUAAAGUUCUCACAACUAAUAACAACGCAGCAGGAAUGUCGAAAAAAUUUAAAGGCAAGGAAAGCAGCAUGCAAACCUUACCUGGACCGUACAUUUUAACUCGUACCAUCGGCAAUAAAAACACUCCCAGCAACAGCAGUAACAGCGCUGGUGGUGUGGUCGGUCAGACCAUCCCGACAAACAGCGCCGUGAAGAGAAGUGUUGGAGGCGCUAGUGUGUCGAUGGCUGGGCGUCGCUCUACUGUAAAGGAUUUAGGUGAAGAGAGCAAUCGGACGGAAGAUGUGCCUUUGUUUAAAGUGGUGCGCAAGAACCCUGUACCGCAACAGCAGCAGCAGCAGAAAGAUACCGAAGUUGAGAAUACCCUGGCUACGGCACUCAAUGCUGCUGUCUCCACUCCCACUCAUACCAACGAAGUCACUGAUGUAGUUCCCGCUCAUAACAACGUGUGUAGAGACACAAGUGGGUUGGAGACGAUGAGCCAACUCGCUCCUUCUGACUCCCUUGACUUGAUUCUAGCCAAUGACGAGACCUCCAUCGCCAUACCGUCUGAGGCGGCCGCCGGCUCGUCGUGUUUGUCACCCAGAGACCAGGUGAUGAAGGAUCUGGACGAAAUGCAGGUGACGGUCGACAAUCUGCAGGAAUACUUCAAGCAGGGUAACAUCCCCUGCGAGCCGCAGCUCUUCAACAGGAUUUUCAACCCCGACUUACCAUUUUCGGAUUUGGACUUCAUGACCGACAUCGACCUACUAUCGUCGAUGUACGAGAUGUCAGGUGGAAAUGAUGCGAGUAACGGACAGCAGCUGUCUGUGUACAACCCCAACACUUCGGUGGAUCUCACCGAACUCGUCGACUCGCCCACUGAGAACGACGACCUGCCUGAGGAGUCCUUUGCCAUGGCCACUCUAGACCCCGACCUCAUCAACACCCCUAAAGUCGACAUGUGAGCUGCGUCCAUCAUCCUUGUCAUUAUAGUAUGGUAAUUAAAAUAAAAAUAAUUAUAAUGUGGUGAAUUU